AUGACCUCGCGAUUUUACUUCGGCGACUCAAACGACUCCGACCCUGAUAUAGACGACGACAACCACAUAGAUUCCAAUCUCCCCUUCCCUAAACCUCUCUCGCGCUCCUCUUUUCUCUCCCCAACCUUCGACCCAGCCACCUUUCUCUCCUCUCUAACCAAUCGCCACCAAACCCUCUCCGACCUACAAGCUGAAUUACGCGAGCUCAGCCAAUCCCUCAACAACGAACUACUCGACCUCGUCAAUGAGAACUAUCAGGAUUUCUUAUCACUAGGCAGCGCGCUAAAGGGCGGCGAAGAGAAGGUUGAGCAAGUUCGAGUUGGACUGCUAGCGUUCCAGAGGGAUGUGAAGGGAAUACGGGAUGGGUAUGAGAGGAGGAUUGAUGAUAUUUCUGCUCUCCUAGCAGAGAAGAAGGGGUUGAGGAAAGAGGUCAUGCUUGGGUAUGACCUGCUGGACGUUGAAGAGAGUCUUGGGGAGUUGGAAGAGAGGCUUAUGCUCGCCGAUGAGAGGGCGAAGCAGAAAUGGCAGGUGGAAACUACUGGCGGGGUUGGUGGCGAUGGCGACGAUGACGACUCGGAUGGGAUUAUCGAAAGUGAAACAGAGGACAGUGAUGGGCCCGACGAUGACGGUGAUAUGGGUGUAAGUGGAGGUGACAGCGGUCGCGCCCCGAUGGUAUCUCUAUCUAGACUCGACCGACACAUACGCAAGUAUUUAUAUAUCAGGACGAUUUGUGGGAGGGUGGGCGAGAAGCAUCCGUUUAUCGUCCAGCAAGAGGAUAGAAUGGAGCGAAUAAAAGCGGCACUGAUGCUGGAUUUGAAAACUGUAUUACAGCAGACGAAACAAUAUGGGAAGAACCGGGAGCAAAAAUUACAGUCUGUCAUGAGCCUGUAUCAGCUUAUCGGAGAGAAAACGGAUGACUUUACUGACGCAGAAACAGCCGUGAAGAAGCUGGAAAUUUAA